AUGGCAGAACAUUUAGCUCGUAUAAUUGGAACUGAAGAGGACAGAGUAAAUUGCCCAUUUUUUUGGAAAAUUGGGGCUUGUCGUCAUGGAGAUCAAUGUAGUAGAAGCCAUUAUAAACCAAACAGUGCUCAAACAUUAGUAAUAAGACAUAUGUAUGAUAAUCCACCAAUGGCUGUUGCAAUUGCAGAAGGGCAAAUGGUUGAUGAUGAAGUAUUAGAUCAAGCAGCUGACCAUUUUGAAGAAUUUUAUGAAGAAGUUUUUGAUGAAUUAAUGAAAUAUGGUGAAAUUGAAGAUAUGGUUGUUUGUGAUAAUAUUGGAGAUCAUAUUAUUGGAAAUGUUUAUAUUAAAUAUACACAUGAGGAUUAUGCAGAAAAAGCUAUUAAAGAAUUAAACGGACGUUUUUAUGCAGGAAAACCAUUACAAAUAGAAUAUACACCCGUUACUGAUUUUAGAGAAGCACGAUGCCGACAAUUUGUUGAUGGACAAUGUAGACGUGGAGGGUACUGUAAUUUUAUGCAUAUCAAACAUGUACCAAGAACUGUUAAAAGAAGGUUACUUAAACGUAUGUAUAAAAAAUUUCCUAUGUAUAAAAAAAAUAGAAGAUCAAGAGACGAUUCCGAUGGUGAGCGUCGGCAUGAUCGACAUAGAGAUCGAAGUAGAAGAGAUAAAUAUGGUAGUAGUUAUAAUUCAUCAAGACGUAGGCAUAGAAGCCAAAGUAGUAAUGACCAUGAUGAUGAUAAUGAAAGAAGUCACAAACAUCCAAGGAGAGAAAAUAGUUCAGAAAGAAGAGAAAAAAUUGAACGAUGGAAUAGGGAAAGAGAAAUGAAAAAUAAUAAAAAAAAUAAUGACGAAUAUGAAGAUACAACUAAUGUAGAAAAUGAUGAUAAUACUAAAGAAUAA